UCUUCUUCAUGCCCAAAAAGCCCGCCGAGCUCUUUCAGUGCCGUUGGGCUCUGUUCAUCUUCGCAUUUCGUUUUCAAGAGAAAAUGCAAGCUUUCUCUUGCCCUAAUUCCACCCAAUUCCCUUUCUUCUCUUCUUCAUCUCCAAACCCUAACCCUAACCCUAGUUUCUCAAGAUCUCUUAGCAAGAUCCCCUUCAAUGGGUUCUCCUUCCUCCCUCUUCCUCUUCUCAAAACUCCCAAGUGCUCCUCCCAACCGUCCCCUACUUCCCCUCUCCAAUCGGACCUACUGUUGUCCUCUGACGGAGAAGAGGAGGACGAUGACGAGGUGGAAGGGAAGGAGAAGCCUGUGGAGGGAGUUCUCAUGGUUCGAAGGCCGGCGAAGGGAUCCUUGCAAGAAGAUGAUGAAGCUUCGUCGUUAGAUUCUUUAAAGAUUAACUCUGGUCUUCAAGAUCUCGCGAAGAAGAUGCCGGUGUUUGAGCCUCAAAGGGUGGAGAUGGAUCCGAAGGAGAGGCCUCUUCGUGUUAAUUUGGAGCUGGGGCUCUACCGUGCUAAAGUGCUUACUAGGAAUUUCGAGUUCAAAGAAGCUGAAAAAAUUCUUCGAAAGUGCAUCUUUUUUUGGCCUGAAGAUGGACGACCAUAUGUGGCACUCGGGAAGCUUUUAACCAAGCAGUCAAAAUUUGGAGAAGCUAGAACAGUAUAUGAAAAAGGUUGCCAAGCAACACAGGGAGAAAAUCCCUAUAUUUGGCAGUGCUGGGCAGUCCUGGAAAAUAAGGUUGGGAAUAUCAGAAAGGCAAGAGAACUUUUUGAUGCUGCCACCGUAGCUGAUAAGAGGCAUGUCGCUGCUUGGCAUGGAUGGGCAGUUUUGGAGAUAAAGCAAAAUAAUAUUAAGAAGGCCAGAAACCUGCUUGGUAAAGGACUCAAAUAUUGUGGUGGAAAUGAGUACAUCUAUCAAACGCUUGCUUUACUUGAAGCUAAAGGAAGUAGGUUUGAGCAGGCUAGAUAUUUGUUUAAACAAGCAACUCUAUGUAAUCCCAAAAGUUGUGCCAGCUGGCUUGCAUGGGCACAAGUGGAAAUGCAGCAAGAGAACAACUAUGCAGCUAGGAAGCUUUUUGAGAAAGCCGUCCAAGCCAGUCCAAAGAACAGGUUUGCCUGGCAUGUCUGGGCUAUAUUUGAGGCUAAUCAAGGUGAUGUUGAUAAAGCAAAGAAACUUCUAAAGAUUGGUCAUGCAUUGAACCCUAGGGAUCCUGUUCUCUUACAAUCUCUUGCGUUGCUUGAAUACAAGCAUGCUUCACCAAACCUAGCUCGAGCAAUCUUUAGGAAAGCAUCUGAAAUAGACCCAAAGCACCAACCAGUUUGGAUGGCUUGGGGUUGGAUGGAGUGGAAAGAAGGAAAUCUAAGUGCAGCUAGGGCACUCUAUCAAAGGGCUUUAUCAAUCAAUUCAACAACUGAAAGUGCUGCACGAUGCUUGCAGGCUUGGGGUGUUUUAGAACAAAGAGAUGGCAAUUUAUUAGCUGCUAGAAGACUGUUUAGGUCUUCCCUUAAUAUUAAUUCCCAAAGUUACGUAACAUGGAUGACGUGGGCAUCAUUGGAGGAAGAACAAGGCAAUUCUAUUCGAGCUGAAGAAAUUCGUGACCUUUAUUUUCAGCAGCGUACAGAAAUUGUGGAUGAUGCUUCAUGGGUUAUGGGUUUCCUGGACAUCAUCGAUCCAGCUCUUGAUAGUAUAAAGAGGCUUCUAAGCCUUGGUGAAACCUCUGAUUUUAAGGCUUCUGACAUCAUGAGAAAAGUGCAAACCAUGAAUAACAAUACCGCAGAAGCUUUAAGUGACUCGUCAUCUACCCUGCUUAUUGACACGAUUGUGGGAAAUGAAGAAAAUGCUGGCAGUCUAAACAAUUUUGACCUGGAUGCUUUUGUCAGAAAUAAACUUUCUCUUGAUGUGUCAAAACUAGAUGAGAAGCUGUAUAUAUUUGAACCGAAGAAAACCAUGUCUUAUAAAAGGUCACGGAGAUCAGAACCAAAGAAAGUUGCUCUGCCUCAGGCUUGAAUUUCUAGUAUGAAAACUGAUGGUUAUGACUAAUUAUUUACAUGUAGAAUUCUAUUAUGUCAUCAUUUACAUUUUAAAAUUUAAACUUGCAAGCAUUGUAUCAUCUAAAUGUAAAUUUUGAGGCGUUAGGGCUAGCUGUACAUAUUGUUCAAUAUAUCAAGUUGGAGGUGCAAUAUUUUAGUAUCAGAAUUAAGCCAAUAUUCAUGUUUCUGCUUUAAGAAAUAUGGAGAGAUCAAGAAUCUGAAAACAGGUAUCACAUCUCUGAAUUUAAUUUUGUUCAACACUUUUUUAAACUGUCAUUUCCUAUGUGUAAAUUGUCUAUGCACUCCAUAUACGGUAGCAUGUUUUCUUUCCUUUUUUGUUUUUGCUCUAUGAGAGAAAGGUCUCAAUAUAUUGUUGGAUCAAGAUCUUUAAUUGUUAUUAAAUUCUCAAAAUUAGCAUGCUAAACAUGUAUAUAACUUGGGGUUUAUUUGAGAUCCCCUAUUAUUGCACACAUCUUUAACACGCAUGGUGAUUUGGCAGGAGCUUGUCCACAAUUGCUAUUUUCUUAAUUGGUGUAUCUCCUAAUAAGCUUUGUGUCAUAUUUGCAUGUGAUAUUGGGUGAUAAUUGAUUGAACUGAUCUCACUCUAACCAUGGAAUGAGUGGACUUUUUGCUCACUUUUCUGUUUCCUGUAACUAUUACAUGGAGGAAACAAUGAUAAAACACCAAGUUUGGAGUUAUGAAAGACUAGAUCUCUGAUGUUUCUGAGAAUUCUGCGAGGAUUUAUACUGUGUAUAUGUCUUGGACUUAAAUGUUAAGUCAUUAAAGUAGUGUGGCACAAGAAGUUAGCUAUUGUUUGUUGUCUCCCAUUUGCAAUAUUUGUUGUCGUGUUCAAGGAUACGAUGAUCACUAUCUCUUCGCAGGUUGGAUGGGACCAUAUUUUUAAGUAUGAUGGUACCGUUCUACUCUGAGUUGCUCUUUUUUGAGAAGAAUGUCCUUUAUACUAUUAAAACGUGGUCCAUUAUGGAAGUUGAUUUUUGUAUUAGUGGGGUCUCUAGCAAUGAUGCUGAAGGACAUGAGGAGUUCUAUUGUAUUCAACUUAAUCCAAGUUGGGCAUUAAGACACCAAUUCAAUUGCCAUAUACUUUGAAUUGGUAUACAACAGGUAAGGAGAUUUGCCUGGAUGAGCAUUAGUUGAGAUUCUUGAGAAUUGGCCAAGAUUAAAGCUGGUUAUUAUUAAGAGAGAAAUCAAGCAAAUAGGCAAAACAAGCUUUUGUGAUUAGUGACAAUAUGAAGAACAGUUGGUAUUUCUUUGACCUCUCUACUGCAAGCAAUUCAGAAGAAAUUCACAAAAUCAAGACAGAAAAGAAGGCUGUAAUGGAUGGAUGGAGAUUCAUCGGAAUAGUAAGCGACAAUCAAAUAAUGCAAUCCAUGUGCAUAUAUAUGUUCAGCAAAACAGUCAUGCGUGAUUAGUGAUGAUAUAAAGAAUCAAACAGUUGAUUUUGAAAAGAAAAGAAAAGAAAAAAAGAAAGAAGGAUCUAAUGGAUGGAUGGAGACACAACGGAGAGCUCAUUAAAAUAGUGAAGUAACAAUCAAAUAAUGCAAUGCAUAUGGGUAUAAGUUGAACUAAAAAGUGGUCCCCUGUUUCUGCAUUUGCUUCUACAAAUUGCUCCAGUGCACUGAGCUGUUACAGAGAGAAGCAUAAGGUGUGUAUGAAAUAUGAAUUUCGUCCUGGAUUUCGCUACUCACUGCAGCCGAAAUGAUCCUUAGUGCACUGCAGUCAUGUAUUUAUCAUGCCAAGUCAGGCACCCACACAACAGUGCUACUAGUGAGUGCUUGUGGCCAUCCAUCCAAGGACACAUUUGCAUAUAUCAUCAUUGAUUCUGAGUGACCACUAAGUCUUCAAUGAAGAUGGAGGUGAGGAUGAAAACAAGUCUAGCACAGAGAGAAAAAAGAGUUGAAAGGUGAUGAGCAGCAGCAGCAGCAGCAGCAGCAGCAUUACUUUUCUUUUUCUUGAGGCUCCUGAUUACCAUCUCUCUUCUGGUCAAAGUACCAUAAAAGCAAAUUUAGAUAUGAUCAGCAUGUUCACCACUCAUUGCUCAUAAGAAAAAAAAAAAGGAAUUAGUUUUUGGAGGAUCCCACACUCUCUCUAAAAGAUCAUGAGACUUGGCUUCAAGGUGGAAUGCUUUUGCUGUGGUUUUCUGACAAACAGACAAUUGAAUGCGUCCAUUCUCUCUUUAAACACCCCAAAUGAUCCAGACUCUCCCCCUUCCUUGUGGGCCUGCCAGAAAUGACCACUCUGAUCAAUCUGAUGUGAUGUGAUGUUAUGGACCCUGGCCAAUGUGUAUCCUUUGUGAUGUUGGACAAAUCAAGUUUACAACACUCUACACUUUAUAUUUCAUAUCAUUCCAUGAAGCUGCUGAAUUGUGAGAAGAAAACAAAGCAAAGCAAAACUAUGGUGUUGUUGCUGCAAGACAAAAUUUUAUGGCAACACGUGUAUUUAGUAGUAGCCUUUUGUUCAUGGAGUUGUAGGCCUACCUUGUUCAUUGGUGUUUUAUUUUGGUUUGAGAAUUAAAAUAGUAAUAAUAGUAAUCAGAAAAGAGUGCCCAGAAGUAUGCUAGGAAACAAAAGAAGAUGUUCAAACUUGUGCAAUUGUCAUUGCUUUCCAAAGUGGAAGAAAGAUGAGACUUUUCA